GCACAGCAGAAGAAACCUGGCGGGAGAGAUGGAAAAGGGAAAGGCGAGAAUAGAGCUGAAGCGAGAUGGAACCGAGGAUCUCACCGACCGCGUUCAUCAACUUCCCUGUUGUGUCAAGCACGACGGUUCCGCUCCUGUUUCUCACUAUUUCAAACCCAAACCCACCGGCGUUGGGGACGAGGGUUUACCAUUGCAAGAAGCACACUUCAGAGGCAGGUUACUACAAGGAACCACUCUCCAACUUCCUCAUGGCUACUCAGGUUUUGUCUUGGGAAAGAAAACUUCGCCGCACGCGGAAGAAGAAAGCUCGCACUCUUGGGAGACCUAUGCAAAGUUUGAUAACAUCACAUACUGGAACCAUGACUACCUUCCUUCCCAGAAUGAUGAUUUCUCCCGUGCUUUUCAUUGGCUCACCGUUGCUAAUGCUCUGCAUAAUCCGGUGACACCUGAAGAAUUAGCUUCGGCAUCUAUUGCACUCUAGAGGGCAGGACUACUCUGCAUAUGAAAACCUGUAACUCAUGUUUUUAGCUAAUAUAUUGCUGUAAUAUGUCUAUGCUUUUGUUACACUGUCUUCAAUAGACCCAAUGUACUUCCCAAUUUAUACAUUUUUCUCUAUAUGAACAUUUUGUCAUCAUUUAGGGAAA